AUGAUGCAACAAGCCACACGACCUUUCGAAUCGGAUGACUUGGACUCCACAACAACAUCUUCCGAGAUCCUUGUACCAAAUGAUCCAAAUUUGGAUUCAUCCUUGAAUAGGACAGUUACAUCAUCAUCAUCAAGGGAUCAACAACAUUAUUUCAAUUUCAAUAAUAAUAGUAAUAAUAAUAAUAAUAAUAACAACAAUAACAAUAUUAAUUUUAAUAUCAAUGAAUUAUUACAAGAAAGCCUCAACAACAGAGAUGAUAUUCCAUUAUUGAAUCAACCAUCCAUCCAUAACCGUAGCCAUCACCAAGAAGGAAUUCCCAAUGAUGAAAUCAACACUUCCACCACCACCACAACAACAACUAAUUUUCCAUCUCCUCCUCAAGAAGAAGCUUACGGAAAAGUAACUUCAGGAUCUUCCGAUGAUGAUCAUCCCCAUCAACCAACACAACCAACACAACCACCAUCAUCAUCAACGUUUGAACAAACACCCAUCCAAUAUUGGAUUCCCAUGCAUAAACCUUCCUCCACUUCCUCCUCUUCCACUUCCGUAUUAUUGGAAGCAUCCAAUCAACAGGAUCAGCAACCACCAUCACCACCACCACAAGAAACACACGAAACAUCAUCCUCUGCUUUAACGAUCAUGAUCAGUCCAUCAUCACUUGAUGAUUCCUAUUUAAUGGUCGACGUGAAUGAGAGAGGAGAUUUAUAUACGAGUCAGACCUUUCUGGAUUCGAAUGGAGUGAGACACGAUGAAGAAAUUCGUAAACUUGGUGAUAGAUAUCCGAGUAUGAUUCCGAGUCGAGCAUCUCUUCCCAAGUACAGCGUGUGUUUGGAUUUGGAUCAAGUGGCUAAGGAGAUGGGAAGUGAUAUUGAGAUUGAUGUGAGCUCGUUUGUGGUGAAUCCAAAAACCACCACAGCUCCAAAUGUUUGUGAUGCUGCUAUCACCACAAAUACUACUACUACCACAUCGAUCACCACAGAAUCUCCAAAUGUCAUGAUGGAUUCAUCUUCCUCUAAUUUACAGUAUCGGAAUGAGGAGAUUCAUGCAAUGACCAUGUAUCCCUUGUUAAUUUCAGCAGUAGAUUCUGAUUCGUUAUUUGGGAGUGCUAUUGGCAAUGGUCCAUUGGUGAAACUACGGAGUGGUGGUGCUGGUGUUGCUGGAAGUAAUUUAGGUCAGGCGUUAAUGGUUUCUUCUUCGAACCAUGGUGUCGAUGCUGUCAAUACUCAAGAAUCGAGAGUGGAUUUAAUUCCAUUAUUACAGCCACAAAUUGAAUUAGGAUAUUUAAAUAAUUUAUUAUUGAAUGAAUCGAUGGUAUUGGAAAGUAUGGGAAGAAGACAAAUUGAAUUUCAUCAUGAUUUUUAUAUGCUGUGUUAUGAAUAUUAUAAUUCAUUCUGUAAAAUCAAGAAGCUGAAAGAUUCUUUUGCACAAUUAUUAUCGGAACAGAAACAGUUACAGAAAUCGAUCUUUACAUUCUCGACUAAAACUUUUCAGUCACCCAGCUGUCAGUGUGGAGAUGGCUAUCAAUUGGUGGGAUCGGUGACAGCUCUCAAUGCUACACCUAACAAACAUGUGAUUGAAACUUUGAAGAAAAAUUUUGCACAAACUCGAACACUCUAUCAUGAUAACAUUGUGGAGGCAAAUUUACUGAACAAGUAUGCCAAUAUUCGAAUUAGUCAUUACUUGGAUGAAAUUAUUUCCAGUUCGAAUUUAUUUAAUGUGCAAGCACCUAUUGUGUUGACAUUACAACACCAUUCACGUUCAGAGUACGACAAUGAGAUGGUUGAAAAAUUGAAAACCUGCAUUCAGAUCUUGUUCUUUUUUGAGCAGGCCACACACGGAAUGGCGACUAUAGUGACACCUUUAGGAUGCUCAGAAUUAGAGACCUCGCUCGAUGAGACCAUGAACGAACUCAAGUCGUUUAGGAGUGACAUUCGAAAUUGGAUUUUGUGGUCAAUCACACAACUCAUGAAAAUGUCCACCAUUGAAGAUAAUCGAUUUGUUAUUUUUGAGCUUGUCAAAUGUAGACAUGUUGGUUCUUGGGCUUCAUUUGCUCUCCAAUUUCCAAUAAUUGAUUCUGACAACAGCGUUGAUCAAUUUCUUGCCUUUCUCUCACUAUUCCUAACUCCUACGUAUAUCAAAGAAAAUGAGCUCAUUCUCACUGAAGACGAUUAUUUAAGCCUGUGGCAACAACUACCAUUAUUUGAAAGCAUGGAUUAUAUAUUAUCAGGAUGCACACAACAAUUUUUCAAGGAAAAACAAUCUUCCUAUUUUACCUCCUUCUCGCGAGCAUUUUCUUUCAUUGAUACUGUGCUCUAUAUUUUAUAUCAGGCCUUAAUUAAUUUCAGCAAGUCGCCCACUCAUUCUUCUUUCACUCGAAUGCUGUCACAAAAUAUGGCACGACUUGUACAGAUGGCUUCCAAUUCGAUCAGUCAAUUGGAAGGAGUAAGCACUGAAGAUGUUGAAUAUUUAUUUAACAGUUUCUAUGUGAAGUGUUUCAAGGGACUUCUCUCUUCAACGUCGAACUUGUGGUCCUUCCUUUCCGAGUUACCAUAUGAAAUCAUUUCUGAAGCUUGUGCAUGUUCGAUAUUUUGGAUCAUGUUUAGAGAUGAGAAAACAGUAGAUAUGAACAUUUCAUACGAUAUUUUAAGAGAUCUUGAUUUGUGGACGAACAAGUUGAAUGAAAACAAAACGUUACGAAACAAUUUUAUCCAAAAGUUCCAAAAGAAAGAAUGUGGAUAUUUAUUCCCAGUAUUGUCUCGUUUGGGAUGCUCUCACUCUUUUGGUCUUGCGUCAAUAAUUGUUCAUGAAUUAUUCUUUAUUGGAUUUAUUAACGAUUCAUCAAGAGAUACUUACUUUAGAGAUGCUACAAAAAAUAUUGUUCUCAUAUGUGAGGCACAUCCAAGAUUAAUAUCUCUAGUAUUGGCGCUUGUCACAAAAUAUUUAAAAUUUGUGGAUCGAUAUUCUCUGACCAUUUUCAAGCAGUUGCCUUUGAAGAGCUGGAAGAUUACCAAAGACAAGGACUUGUCUCUACUUGAAGAGCUCCUUCUCAAACCAAUGAUAAGCACAGAACAUGAAUUAGCUCGAUUUAUCAUUGAAAAUCUUCCUUGGAGUGACGAUAUCAAUAAUACUCUUCUACCUUUGGAGGUACAACAAAGGUUGAUGAUUCUCGUUGCCAAAGCUGUCUCCUAUCAUAGAAAAGAUUCUCAAUAUUCAUUUAUUAGAAAAGACCCAUGGAAUGAGCUUGAGGAAUGGGGCUACUCAGUUUUACAACGAGUUAAACUUUAUGAUGAGAUUCAAACACCACUCGUGACCAUCCAUCCAAUUGACCAUCCGUCUCUAAGUGGUCUCUUACACAGCGUCGAGGCAUCCAAGAAGAAUAUUGAUGGAGUGAGUGCAUAUACCUUGUUGUCUCUAAGUGAAGUUGGAGUCAAUUUGCAAAGGUACAAUGAAAUUGCUAAAGGUUGGAUCGAAUUAAUGAUUAACACCAAACCAAAUAGAAGAGCUCUCAGAAUCAUGUUGGAAUUGAGUGUGAGAUUUUCUGAGAGUGCAAAGAAUUCCAUUAAUGAUGUCUCUGCUCCUAACUAUCUCACAUUUCAACCACACCUCGAUAAUAUUCUCAAUCUCGAUACAAACAAAUCAUUUCUUGGAAGAUUGGUUAAUUCAGAAAGGACUAUUGGAGAGUACACAUGCAUAGUGUCCACAGGAGUUUGUUCCUUCAUUGAAAAUCUGUUUGAUGCUAAAAAGCUUUCAACUCUAAAAAGUUUUUUAAGUUUUUGGUUGAAUGAAUUUACGAGUGUGACCUCGUGGACGACCAAUACCUGCUGCAUGUACAUUCUUAACUCGAUAUGCAAAACUGUAUUGCAACUACACCUCGUUGCUGAAACAGGACUUCCAAGUUUCUUUUCACAACUUGACGCCAUGGAGAAUUUUGGACUCUUUCCAAAUGGACUCUUUAGCUCAUCUUCCACAAUUGUUCACGCUCCUUUCUUUUCAAAAGAUAUUCGACCACAAACACAGUAUCCUCAUCUUUCAUUGUUUUAUUUGCUUGGAAUUGCAUCACAGGAAUUUCACAAAAGACAACAAAUUGCCAAUUUAACCCUCUCGAAUAAUUAUCAAGUUGCCUCCAAAUCCUUUGAUCCCGUUCGUUUUUCAGUUUAUAGAGUAUUGAGCUAUUGCAUUUUUCUAUCAGAUAUUGUGGCGGAUCCUAAUACGCCCUUGCAGAACGUUCACGAAAUUCACGCAUGUCUUCCUAUCUAUUGGCAACUCUUCUUUUAUUUAUAUUUCGAAAAGCAACUCGCUUCUGCCAAUAUGGUCAGAUUUUUUGGAUAUCAAUUCUUGGACAUACCAAACAAGGACAAGAUUAUUUCACAAAUCAUUGAAAAGUUGGAAAAUCUUAAAACAUUUUAUGGAAAAUCGACCAUUUCCAAUGCUGCUGCUUCCAUUGAGCUUUAUCAUGCCAUGGUGAUUUGGUUGAACUCUACGAAAGACUCUUUUCACACUUUGAUUAACAUGAUCAUGACACAAAAUAUAGAUAUAACAGGCAACAUUUUGAUACAACCAUAUUUUCUACCAAGUAAAUUGGUGAGCGUCAUGAAUGAAGAUUUAUCGAGAGAUUACUCGUUCUUGUGGUAUGACAAUGUUGAUAGCUCUGUACUCCAUGCCAUCCAAAUCUCUCAAGUGUCACAAUACCUUUCUCUGAUUUAUCCAAAUUUGAGUCCACGUUCUCAAAAAUUACUCACAAGAAAGAGCACUCGUUCUCUGAUCUUUAACAAUAGCAAAGUGGAUUUAGCAUACCUAAAGAAAAAAGAGAAGGAAACAAUGAAACAAAUUCCAAUUUUACGAACCUUCUAUGUGAGUAAUAUGAGAAAGGGAUUUGUGGUGAAUCUCGCGGAUAUAGAUCCUGGAAUCAUUCUAAAUUACACAAGCAAAUACUCAACUAAUAAGGAUACUCAUACCCAUGCAGACUCGGAAUUCAUCUCUCUAAUUCCUCGAAUGUAUGACAAUGUUCGAAAACAAAAGACUUUAGAAUUGAGGUGUUAUAAGGGAAUGUUUUGUAAAUGGCCAGGAAAAGUGUUAUUCUUUUAUGAUGAACCUGAAGAGAAUAAGGCCAUCACACAACGACUUGCUAACAAUAGAUCUCAUGUUUACAAACUCGUUGAAUCUGAUGACAUUGAACCCUACUUUUGCCACUUUCUUCUUCAGUUGGACAUUACUUUGAGAAAUGUCGAAAGUCAAGCAUUAGGAAGUGCCAUCUUUUACCAUCUCUUACACUAUUAUCAAGCUAUUUGCACCAUAUUUCCACCUUUUCGAAACAGUUUAGAAAGAAUCUUAAAGAACUAUGCUGAAAAAUACAUUCGAAAUCAACCUCAUGAAAUGAUGCCUCUCAUGCGUGACAUCAUGAUUGAUCCAUAUCGAACGAGUCUACUCUCCUCUUUUUUCAAUCCCAUGCUCUGUCCUGAACUGUGGUCAACUUAUUUGCAACAUCUCUACAUGGAGAAGCGAAAAAUGUUUUCAGGGAACAUGAUGUUACUCUAUUCAAAAUUUAAAGUGGAUGAAUGGUUAAAGAAUGAUUGCAGUUUAGAAGCUCGACAAUCAGUGAUUGAUCAUUGCAUUGAAGCUCUUGUCAUGUACAGAAUGGAUAUUACGAGUAAGGGAAUAUUGUCACGUACGGAUGAAAAGGAAAUUUUCAACUUUUAUCUUCAUCUCAUUCCAAAAUGUGUGAACCAUCAAUUCUCAGAGUUGUACAUUUACUCAGUUCGUAAAAUUCUGCAAUUCACCGCCGAUUUACCGAGUGAAAUGAUUUCUACGUUCAAUCAGAUGGUUUUUAUUGAGGCCUCGAAUGAUGAUAUUCUCAGACAGCACAUGGACGUGACACGCGAGUAUUUAUGGAAAUCGAGGAAAAUUGGUAACCCUGUUUAUUCUGUGAUACCAACUCCAAAUGUGAAAGAACUUGUGCUCAUGACUGAACGUAUGAUUUGUGCAUGUCAUGCGACGUCUCCUCUUGUCAUAGAGAGUCAACAAAUAUUCGAAAUAAUUUGUAAGGUUUUUGAACCUUUAAUUUUCCCUGUACCAGCAAAUUCCAUUUCACAAUCUACUUCGUCUCUGAGCUCAGGACAUUUCAUUUCUCCAUGGAUGGACAAAGAUCAUGCCAUUGCAUCCUUUGUGGUGGGAAGUUUUGUGAAAUGCAUCAAAUUUGUGCUUCAAUUCAACAAGGACAUUUUGAAUCAUUUGUGGAAUUUGUAUGCCAAGUUUAUAUUCCCAAAUAUGGAAACGAAUUGUGUGAAUAUUUAUAAUCAAGAGCUGACACAAAUCGAUUGGUCCAUGUGGAGUGUCAUCAAUUUCGAUCAAAUUGCUCAACUCAGAGAAGUAUUGGAUGAGCCUGUGAAAAGAUCUCUCAGCGCCAACUCCUCCACACAUCGAGUGCUGAUCAAAACAAUUAUUACUUCCAUACCAUGGAUGAUCAUUGUUGACAGAAUUUUAAAAUGUGGAAUUGGAAAGGAUUUGACCAGUCGAUUGUAUUCAGACAUGCUUUGUUUAUUUGUUUCUGCACUUCUCAAAAUAACUCCAUCGCAACAAACAGAUGAUGCAUUUCUCAAUCUUGCUGAUCACACUCUAUCAACGAAUAUCGAAUGGAAUAGAAUGAAUGUCGAACACUUUCAUAUGGUCUUGAAGCUAUACAGCAAGAAUUUUAUGGAUAUUAAGGAAUAUGGUUACAAUUCAAUAUCAAAUCAACAUCUCGAUGUGGCAUUUAGAUUUUUAGAACAUGCAUGUCUUUGCAACUUGAGUGACUCGACACUCGUACAGAAUCCACACACAACUCAACUACUUGAUCAUAUUAUCUAUGAAUCCACUACAGUUUCACAUGAUCCAAUCCAUGAUGAGGAAAGUAUUGAAAAUCCAAAUGCUGCAAGUGUCAGUGCCUCUACAAAACUUCUCAUUCUCUAUUAUAUUGAUUUUGUUAUUAGUACUAUUGGUUAUGUAUUGACCACACAAACACAAUCAACAAAUGCACCUCCAAUGAUUGAGACAUACUUUUUGAGUGAUGUCACAAGACCAUUUGUUUGGAUCAUGAAUGAGAUUGUCUCUCAAAAUGAUUUCAAUGCCAUCAUUGAGCAGUUGCUUCAAUUGUUAACAUUUUGUAAUCAUCCUUAUCCUGAGUUUGACAAGGUAUUCCAAUUCCUCAUUUCGAAGGUUUUUGAACAUCCUCAGAAACUAUCUCUUCCUCUUUUCAUUGCAGCUCAGUCCGUAAAGAAUUAUUCCAAAUGCGUUCUUUUGAUGGAAUUUGCAAUUAGAGCUUAUUUAGGAACAAAACCAUUGUCUCCAUGGAAUGAAAUAAUUUCAAACUUGUGGCUUCCUCCCAAUGAAACUCUUAUUCGUCAAUUCUCUUCAGCAUGCAUUGAAAAAGGGUGUCCAUUGACUUUCUUUGUUCAUCAUUUGAAACGAUUAAUGGUUGAGAGAGGAUCUAUGAUGAUUAAUUUCGAAAAGAUUGUUGAAGAAUUUGUUUUGAAUUCGAAUAUAUUUUGUAAGGAUCAAAUCGAUCUCAUUCAAGUCAUCAAUGGAGGCAAUUACAUUGACGCAUGUCAUUUGAAAUCUGAACUCUAUCUCGUUCCUGUUUGGUCUCUCUAUAUUAAUUUAUUGAUGGAAAAUAGACCUUCACAUUUGGUUCUUCUUGGUGACAAUAGUGUUAUGACCAUGUAUCCUCAAUUGCAACAACAACAACAGUAUGUGAAUGCACAAAGUAAGAAUGUCGUGUCCACACUUUGUUAUUUGGAUUCUUUAAUUGAUCGAACGGCCUUUAUUUCUCCUCCACAACAAUUUUAUGUUGGAUUUGAAGGAAUUCUUGCCUUUACAAAUUUACUUCUCACCAUCAGUGAAGAUCGAAGCACAGAGAGUACUCUCUCAAAAGUUGUUUCAUUCUUUUCUAAAAAGAAUGCUCUUGAAUCGUACCAUGAAGAGUUCAAAAUAUUUGCAAGAGCAUUGGGAGUUUUCUUGUUAUGUCACACUGCAAAGUUUCAUCCUGAUGAUCAGAAAGCAGUGAAAGAAUAUCAAAAACUUAAAAACGUUCUGGACAAGAAAUUAACAAAAACAAAUUUGGAAGCAAAGGAGAAGAGAUGUCUUGAAAUUUUAAAUCGAUAUCUAUCGAGUGAAAAUUAUGGAGAAAUGAACUUUUUAAUGGGACUACAAUCAUUAAUGUUUGAAUUAUUGAGUGUCAUGUUUGACAACAAGCAAAUUAGUGUGUUUCCUUAUUUUUGA